CCGCAAGUAUCAAGUAACGAACGACAUGAAUACGAAAUGUAGGUUGUGUACAAGCGAUCGUAUGUUUACUCCACAUAGACGAUUGAACAUAUGUUCACAAUCAGCAUGACAUAAAUCCUUGUAAACUCAAGUUAUGAGUUGUUUUUUAUGAUAUUCUUAUUUUUUUCUUGUAACGAAUAUAGAUAUACCAAGCAAUUUCGUACUGUGGAUAAACUUGUGGCUGUACAGAGCGAUCAGUCGACUUCACCAGGCGGACUCGAAUCGUUUCCAGAAUACCAACAAUACUACAACUACUUUAACCGCAUAGCAUUGGAUGACAAUCAUGCCAAGUUACAGACACAUUCGAUCGACGAACAAGUGUAUCGUACGUAUGUGGAUAUACCACGACGCGUGGCUACCGUGCAGAUGACGCGCGACUGGAGCGGAAACGCGCGAAGACGCUACGAAGGAUAUGCUGCAUAUUUGAAUACCGGGAAAUAUCCUCAGUAUCAUGGAAGCCAACACCAAAGACAUUUAAUGGCCACGCUACAAAACAAUGUUUUGAAUGCUACGGCUGCAGCUGCUCAAGCCAUAUUGGAUGUCAACAAUAAUGGUGGCAACGGCGGUAGACAUAAGAGUUCCACAGCUACUGCCGCUACAGGCGGUGAUGCUGCUAGUUCUGCUGGAGCAGGAGGACGAGAAAGAUUUCCUACAGAGGCACAACGACGGCUUUAUGCUAGUGCCGACGGCCAUACCCAAGCAUAAAAAUGCAAAGAAAUAUAUCAAUUCCGAUUUCUAAACAAUUUAAAUAAGCUACACAUAAAAACCAUUUGUUACAA